AUGGUAUGGCAGAAGGUAUCAAAAGAAACAAUUUUAAAUUGUUUUACGCAUGGGGGUUUCUUGGAGGUUAAGGAUCAUUUUGAUCCCGACGAUGACCUGCCACUAGUUGAGUGGAUGAAAACUCAACAGGAAGACGAUCUUCGAGACGAUAUUAGAGCCAAUCUUCCUGAUAGUGACGAUUUCAAUGAGUUUGUUCAUCAAUAUGACCAAGUUGUCACUGUCAAACACCUGGAUGAUGAUGCCAAUAUAGCUGCUAUAUCUUCGGCAGUUGAUACUGAUGAUGACGAAGGGAAGGAAAAUAAAGAUGAAAAAUCUGUCGGUAUGGCACUGAUACCAACUCCAACCACAUCAGAAGCACUUCGACAUAUUGACAGCCUUCGUCAUUUCCUUGAGUCACGAAAUACUCCGCAGCGUGUGCUAGAUCGACUAGCUGAAGUGGAAUUACAUAUUAAUGAAUCAAUGAAAAUGAUUUUUUUUUAA